UAUUAUUUCUUGAUGCAUUCUUUUUUAUUUUGAGAUUUUUGUUUAUUGUUAAAUUUAUAUUGGCUUGCCUAUAAAUUUUUUUUCUCAUAUAUAUAUGUGUGUGUGUGUCAGAUUGCUUGUUCUUGUUGGGUAUGAUUGCGUUGUAUAGUAGGAUUUCCUUUUUAAUGGGUAUUUUUAUAUGAGAUUUAACUAAUUACUGCUAAGAAGCGUGCAUAUUGCGAUACUAAUUACCUUUCUUGCUAAAUAUUUAGCUCUCAAGAAGAAAUUAACUUUAAAUAUUUGCUUUCUGUGUUCCUUUCAAUAACAAUUGAUUCAUAGCAAUGCGUUUUCUUAAAGUACUUCUGUUCUUUUUAAAGAAUUUGGUUAUUUUUUUGGAAUGUGGAUCAUUCAAUUAAUGGACCAUUUGAUUGUUCAAUUUGGAAUUUCUAUUUAUCUAACUGAGAGUUUUGUGUUAAAUGCCACUGAGAUCAUUGAGUUGACUUGAUGAAAUGUAUUCUCUAAGGCAUGUACUGUAUAUCUCUUUUACUAUUUCAGAGUUUGUACUGUCCGUGGCAUGUGCUUGGGCUUGUAAAUGAUAUUUCACUCAACUAUGCAGUCUAUGAGAUACAAUUAAGGCUUAAAUUGGUUUGUGAACUAUUGGUUGACUUUUAUGCGUAACUUGGAUAAUUGGAUCAGACUUUUCAACGAAAAGUAACUUGUUGCUGGAGAUAUGGGCUCCCUUCCGUCACAUUUGUCUCGGCAAAAACAGAGGUUGCGAAACCCAGCUCAUUUUGGAAAUGCUGGCGCCUUAAACUGGAAUUAAUUUUUCGAAUACUGAGGAGUUACGGUAGAACUGUGGAUGUUCAAGAAAACCAAUUUAAUGAACAUCCAGCUUUGAAUGUGUGUAUAUAGCAUGGACUAUAUAUACUUAUGGAAUAUAUGGGCUGAGGUGCACAUUUCAUGGGAGGUGUAGAAGAUGAAGAACCAGCAACAAAACGCAUGAAAGUUUCUUCUGAAGAAUUGAAAGGUCUUUCCAACGGUUCAUCUUUUAUAGGGCCCGUAUCUGGCUCCUCAAGCAACUUGAUGGCUCGGCCCCUAGCAUCAGAAGGGGAUAAAGAGGUUGUUGGUUCAAAAGGAGUUAUUAAAAGAGAGGAAUUUGUUCGUAUAAUAGCCAAUGCAUUGUACACUCUUGGUUAUAAGAAAAGUGGUGCUCAUCUAGAGGAAGAGUCUGGGAUACCCUUACACUCCUCUGUGGUAAAUCUGUUUAUGCAGCAAAUACUCGAUGGCAAUUGGGAUGAAAGUGUUUCCACUUUGCGCAACAUUGGACUGUUGGAUGAAAGCGUUGUUAAAUCAGCUUCUUUUCUGAUUCUGGAGCACAAGUUUUUUGAACUUUUGGAUGCAGAAAAGGUCAUGGAUGCACUAAACACAUUGAGGACUGAGAUUGCACCUUUAUGCAUCAAUAAGAGUAGAGUUCGCGAACUUUCUUCCUGCAUAGUUUCUCCUUCAAAGUGUAUUCAAGUUGCGUUUCCAGGUAAAGACACUGUGAGGUCAAAGUCUCGCUCAAAGCUACUGGUGGAGUUGCAGAAACUGCUUCCCCCAACAGUUAUGAUACCUGAAAGCAGGUUGGAACAUUUAGUCGAACAAGCGCUUCUUUUGCAAAGAGAUGCUUGCAUUUUUCACAACUCUUUGGAUAAGGAAAUGUCAUUGUACACUGAUCAUCUAUGUGGAAGAGAUCAGAUUCCCUCCCGUACUUCACAGAUAUUGCAAGGACACGGUGAUGAAGUCUGGUUCUUACAAUUUUCACAUAAUGGGAACUUUUUGGCUUCAUCAUCAAAUGAUCGUUCGGCAAUCAUAUGGGAGGUUGAUGUGAAUGGUGGUGUGUCUUUAAAGCAUAGACUCUGUGGCCACCUGAAACCUGUCUGCUCUGCUUCGUGGAGUCCUGAUGAUCAUGAACUACUUACCUGUGGACUGGAGGAGGUUGUCAGGCGCUGGGAUGUUUCUUCUGGCGAGUGCCUCCAUGUUUAUGAGAAAGCUGGCAUUGGCCUUGUGUCCUGUGGAUGGUUUCCAGAUGGCAAAUGGGUAUUCUCUGGCUUCAAUGAUAAGAGUAUUUGUAUGUGGCAACUAGAUGGGAGAGAGCUGGAGUGUUGGAAAGGGCAACGGACUCUUAGGAUAUCUGAUUUGGAAAUAACGAAUGAUGGAAAGCAGAUUAUAAGUAUGUGUAGAGAAACUGCAAUACUCUUACUUGACCGGGAAGCAAACACUGAAAGAUUAAUUGAAGAGGAUCAAACAAUAACCUCGUUUUCAUUAUCGAGGGAUAAUAGGUUUUUGCUGGUUAAUCUUCUGGACCAAGAAAUCCAUCUUUGGGACAUCAAUGGUGACCUCAAGCUUGUUGCCAAGUACAAAGGUCACAAACGCACCCGGUUUGUGAUUAGAUCUUGCUUUGGUGGACUUUCCCAAGCUUUUAUUGCUAGUGGUAGUGAGGACUCACAGGUUUAUAUAUGGCACAGAGAGUCAGGGGAGCUUAUAGAGGCAUUGCCCGGCCAUUCUGGAGCUGUGAAUUGUGUGAGCUGGAAUCCAGUGAACCCCCACAUGUUGGCGUCAGCGAGUGAUGACCACACAAUUCGAAUAUGGGGCCUAAAUGAGCUAACAAUGAAGCGCAAGGAUACUCAUAGUAAUGGGAUCCACCAUUGCAAUGGGGGAAACUGAAAAGAAGUCAUUGGUUGUAUUUUGUUCUUUCUCUGAUCAUUGCUUUUGUGUAAAUACUAAAUACUUCAACAUCGUUGCAAGCAGACAUUUAUCAGACAAGUAUGUGAAUUCUGCAAUAACUUUCUGAUAAUAAAUCCAGCGUUUCAUUUUCUCCAA